CCCAGAAAGCCUCGCCGCCGUCGCCGCGUCCCCGACAACCACCUCUGCCCAUCGGUCGCCGGCCGCGGGGAGACACCAGCGCUGUACGAGCCGGGCAGCCACACGCGGAUCCAGCGCGGGACGGCUUCACCUCCGGGCUCGCCCUCGCCUCCGCCCCCGAACCAGCUCCGACGCCUCAACCUCGGCUCCUCGUCACAGCUCGCCGUCUCCCACCCCAAGGUCGACGAGAUCUCACUCCUCGCCGUCAGCACCACCACAGUCCACAGGCGUCAGCCCCACAAGCGCUGCGUUCCCUAGAUGAAGCACAUAUUCAAGAUCAUCGCGGUGCUGGCAGCAAUCUCCGCCGUCUGGGUUGCGCUCCUUGAAACCUCGACAGUCCCUCGCAGUUUUACUUGGUUGCUUCCCAUCUACUUGGUAGUGGCGCUUGGAUGCUACGGCCUUUUCAUGGUUGGAUAUGGGCUCAUGUUCUUCCCAACCUGCCCUCAAGAAGCGGUGUUACUACAGCAGGAUAUUGUGGAGGCAAAGGAAUUCCUAUCAAAAAGAGGUGUUGAUGUGAGCUCUGAUUGAGGUCAAUACCAAUGAUUUAUGUUUCAUGACCAGUUUGAAGCUUCCUGGAUACCAUAUAGAAAAAAUAUGGCAUUUCACCAUGUCUAGAUAUUUGUUACUAACGCAGUUUUUGUGAGUGGCAUGUUACAAUUCUAGAUUUUGUUAGUUCAGUGGAUGGCUUGUCACGAUACUAGUUAUGUCAGGAAAACAGUGUGAGAAAAACUAAUUAAUGGUUUGUUAACAAGUCCAUCAGUGUUCAAGACAUGUCUGCUAUUUUAGCAAUCUGGUUUUCAUCA